CAAAAAUUCAAAGAAUUACCAGGAGCUUUUAGACGCAACUGAAAAAGGAGUAUGUCUUGUUAUGUUUAUUUAUUUAUGUAUGCAAACAAAAAAUGACAAUGAAAAUCAUUAUACAGCUUCUUUUUUUUUUUAAUAAACUAUUUUUUAUUUCUAAUUUAGUAUUUGAUCGCUGUUAUGCAACUUUGGAUGCCAAAUAAACAUUUACAUAAAAACAUGUAGACUCCAUUUUUUUUUAUAAAUAACUAAUGUUACUUCUUUUUUAAGUUGUUAGAGAGUUUUAAAAAGAAGGAGACAUCCAUCAUCUCUGUGACUAUAACUAACCUCAGGUACACUAUUUAUUUUUUCAUUUAACAAAAAGUCUCUUUAAAAAUAAAUCAGGCAAAUAUNUAUAUAUAUAUAUAUAUAUACAUACAUAUAUAUAUAUAUUAUAUAUAUAUAUAUAUAUAUUCAUUUUUCUAAAUAUCCUUUAUUGUCACUUUAAACAUAAACCUAAUGUACAUGGCACUGAUCAUCCCCGCAGACAAGGAAGUCUUAUUAUUGAAGUGUAUAUUACCAUGGCAACCAAUAACACCACUGACAGGGAAAGUGAACUGAGACUGUCCAAGGUGUUGGUGGAAAUAAUGCAGGAUGGCAUUGGCAUUACAAUAAACAAUACAGAUGGAGUCAUAUCACAUCUGAUAAUAAGUGGAGUAGAAAGUGAGUCUCUAUUUACUUUUUUAAAUAUUUUAAUUGUGUUUAUUAAACUUUUAUGUUCUUUUUACUGGAACUUAAAAAAUGUAAGAAUAAUCAAUGUAAAAUAAAUGAUGUAAUCAUAAAGCCAUGCGGAAAGAUUAGAAUAAAUCUAGAAAUUAUUGAGGUAAUUCUUUUUUUUUUUAUAAAUUUGUAUCUGACAUUUUUAUUUUCUAUGACCUUGACAGUAUUGAUUUUUUAAACAUUUUUUCAAAUGUUUUUUUAGAAUAAUUGAUUUUAACUGAUAAGUUUAUUGUUGCCAUUGAAAUCAAGUGCCGGGUAUUAUAGUUUUUGUUCAUAUUUGUCUUACUGAACCUGGUGUAAAAAAAAUUAUUGAAUUUUGUAUGAGUUUUUAAAAACAAUAUUUUAAAUUAUUAAUGAAUUAUAUUGUCUCAUGACUGGUUCAGUUUUUUCCUGAAAAUGUUGAUAAAUUGUUAAAUUUAUCAUAUAUACUCAUCCAUAAAAUUUACUACCCAUAUUUCAUUUCUCAAAAGGAAUAAAGAUGUUUUUUUAUAUACAAAAUAAGCACAGAGUUUUCUGGGAAUUAAGAUGUGACAAGAUGUAACAAAAAACAAUUUUCGGAUUAGCAGUGGCUGUUAAACCCAAAUAUGUAAUGUACCAUUUAAUGCUGUGUUCAUAUCAAGGCGUACUUCCUCGUAAUAUGUUAACUUUGGAUUUCAUCUCUAUAUUAUCAUAACUCCAGUACAUAAUACUGACACACCUUGUGUCAUCAAGAGCAAGAUAGACCCAUGCUCAGUUUUUUCUGUGUGUGUAGAAGAAGGGAAGGAAGCCAUCUGCAGGUUAGUCUGA